AUGCCCCUGUGGAGGGAAAAGAAGCCCAAGGCCAGCGAGGCGCCGGCCAUGACGCAGCAGCGGCGCACCGCGCUGGCCAUUGUCGACGCCCUGAACCGGCUGGACACGCGCGCCGUGUGGAACAUGCGGGACCGCAGCUGCUGGCGCGAGAUCUACCCCAAGUCGAUGGGCAUGCCCGCCCAGGACAACGACGCCGCCCAGCGCGCCCUCAACUUCAUCCUCAACACCUUCAAGACCUUCUACAUCUCCAUCCACGAGAUCAUCGAGGACGUGCCCGCCCGCAAGAUCUGCAUGUGGACCAUCUGCACCGGCACCACCGUCGCCGGCCCGUGGACCAACGAGUACGUGUGGAGCAUGGAGUUCAACGAGCAGGGCACCCACGUCGUGCGCUGGAAGGAGUUUGUCGACGGCCUCUCCACAAAGGCCCUGUUUCCCGAGAUCAUGGCCGAGCAGUGGGACGAGACUGCGAGCGACCGCCCCUCCACCGGCCCUUCGACCAGGUCGUCCGACGCCCCUUCGACCCGCCCGUCCGCCGGCCCAUCCAGCUCCAGGGCUUCGUAG